AUGGUGAGCGACAAUUGUCGGCCACUGUGGAUUCACAGAAUUAAACAACGUACCAGGUGAGCUCUUUUAUAUCGAAACUUAAAAAAUCGGCGGCUUUUUGCAGUUUUACGGCGUUCAAGCGAGCCGCAAAAAUUCUGAACGAAGAGGGAGCGAACAUUUGUCGAGUGCUCAAAGGACGUCCCAAAAAAUAUGUGUACAAGGUGAGAAAUACUGGAAAAUUUUCCGAAUAAUCGUAACGAACUUGCCCAAAAAUCGAUAAAAGUAUCGGCUUUUUGUGAAAAUAGACUUGAAUAUACAAAUUUCCAGGGCUGGGCAAAAGGCCGGCCCCGGCCUUUUGUGGCCUGGACUUUUAACCCAUUUCGAAUGAUCCGAUCGGGUCCAAACUUUACAGGCUUCUUGGACUUGGAUUGAAGUACGCUGGGAAAAAUUUCAGACCGAUAUGUGGAUCGGAGGACGAAAAGGAAGAAAUGUUCGCAAAAACCCGGCCUUUGCGGCGUCUGAUCCGCAUAUCUCGGGACCUGAAGAUCCGAUCGGUUUGAAAUUUUUCCCAGCAUACUUUAAUCCAAGUCCGAGAAGCCUGCAAAGUUUGGACAAGAUCGGAUCAUUGCAAGUGGUCCGAAAGUCCAGGCCGCAAAAAGCCUGGGCCCGCGUUUUGCCCAGCCCUGCAAAUUUCGCAAAAAAGACUAUUGUAGGUGACAGUGGAAACGAUGGAGAAUUGCGAGACGAAUCCGUUCGCCGACAUGUGGGUUCCGGAUCAGUUGGCAGAAGCAAGCGCCGAAAUGCUGGAGGACUUUGAGCUCCAAAUGACGCCGGUACGUUUCCGAACUCCCGGAAAAAUUUAUCGAUUUUUUGAUUAAACAAACGAUAAAGCGCAAAAUUACAAGCAUUUUAAGAGUUCAAACAACAAAAUUGAUCUGAAAAUCAGGCAAUCAAAGUGAGGGAAAUGAUUGGGAGUGCAUUUGCAUGCCGAAAAAAGAAUAUUUUGUAGGAAUCUCUCGCGUGCCACGACGACGACAGAGAGCCGCUUUCAGAGGAGGAUUGUGACGAGUACGAGGCGAUUUGCGAGGCAGAACCAUUCGAUCCGUACGCGCGGACCCCCGAAGACGACGAAGAAGACGACGAGUUGGAUGAUCUGGAGGAGACGUCGAAGGGCUGCGUUGUGGAGAAGAAAUAA